AUGGAUCGCCUGGGGACAGCGGAUGCUGAGGAUGACCCUGGAUCACUGACCAGACUUGCUCCAAGCCCUCACAGCGAAGCAGUUGCCCAUGAGUUUAAGGAACUCUCCCUGCAGCCCAAUCAAUACUUGCCUCCUCUCAAUGAACGGAAGAACGUACUUCAGCUGAGGCUACAACAAAGACGAACACGAGAGCAGCUGGUGGACCAGGGCAUCAUGCCACCUUUGAAAAGUCCAGCUGCAUUCCAUGAGCAGAUCAAGAGUCUGGAGCGAGCCAGGACUGAAAAUUUUUUGAAGCACAAGAUUCGCAGCAGGCCAGACCGGUCUGAGCUGGUCAGAAUGCACAUCCUUGAAGAGACCUUUGCAGAGCCCUCACUACAAGCCACUCAGAUGAAACUGAAGAGAGCUCGGUUGGCAGAUGAUCUGAAUGAGAAGAUUGCUCAGAGGCCUGGCCCUAUGGAACUGGUAGAAAAAAAUAUUCUUCCUGUAGACUCCAGUGUUAAAGAAGCUAUCAUAGCAGUGGGACAAGAGAAUUAUCCUCAAGCAUUGGAUGAUUAUUCAUUUGAUGAAGACAGCAGUGAUGCUUUAUCACCAGACCAGCCAGCCAGCCAAGAAUCCCAGGGUUCAGUUUCAGCAGCUUCCCCUGGUGAGCCAAAAACAAGUGACUCACCAUCACCAGUAACACCAAAUGCUACUACAACAACACAGUAUCCACCUUUAACCUCUCCAGUUCCUGAAUUUCUCAAAACUCCCUCUACAAUUGAACAGCACGUUACACGUUCUACUGCUACAACUACCCUGACCACAAAUACUGUAUCUGCAGCAAAGCCUGGACCAACGUUAGUAAAGCAAAGCCACCCAAAGAACCCAAACGAUAAGCAUCGGAGCAAGAAAUGUAAGGAACCUAAGCCAAGGGUGAAGAAAUUAAAGUAUCAUCAGUAUAUUCCACCUGAUCAGAAAGGUGAGAAAAAUGAGCCACAGAUGGACUCCAACUAUGCUCGUCUGCUACAACAGCAGCAACUGUUUUUGCAGCUGCAGAUCCUGAGCCAACAGCAACAACACUACAACUACCAGACAAUUCUACCUGCACCACUGAAGCCACUGAAUGACAAACAGAGUAACAACGGGAACACACCACUGAAUACCUUGAACAGCAGCACACCCACAUCAGCUGCCAGCUCACCAAGACAGAACAGUAAUAUUCCAAACCGGAAACCAGGACCUCUGCCUUCAAGCCUGGAUGACUUGAAGGUAGCAGAGCUAAAAAUGGAGUUGAAGUUGAGAGGAUUACCAGUCUCUGGAACAAAAACAGAUCUUAUUGAGCGAUUGAAACCAUAUCAAGAUCUUAAUAACAAUGGGGUGGCUACUAGUAGCUCUGUUACAGUAACCACUUCUACUGGGGCCACAGGUAGCACAGGGGAAGUGACUGUGGCCUUUCCUGUUGCAACAGUAAAUAAACCAGUGGCAAAUACAAUAACCAGCUUUCCUCCAGAAAAAACAUCUACCGUGACUGGCGGCAAAGUAGUAAAUACAGAAAACAUGGCCUCUCCUUUGCCUAUAUCUCCUUCUCCUUCAGAACAAUCUAGUUUAAGCACAGAUGAUACUAGUAUGGCAGAUACUUUCACAGAAAUGAUGACCAUGAUGUCACCAUCCCAGUUUUUAAGUACUUCACCACUAAGGGCAAAUACAAGUGACGAUAAUCAGAAUCGCAGUAGUGGAAGCAUCUCAACCAUGGAGUUUGAUGUAGCAGAAAAGGACCGCAAGCUUCAAGAGAAAGAAAAGCAGAUUGAAGAGCUCAAAAGGAAACUGGAACAAGAGCAAAAACUCGUGGAAGUACUGAAAAUGCAACUUGAGGUUGAAAAACGAGGACAACAGCAACAGUCUCAGACUUCUGGUAACUCAGCUGCUUUGGAACAGAAGCAACUCAGUGCUGCUGUCAAAGAUGAAAAUGCUCUUACUGAGUGCUCCAGUACAAAUCAGUCUGUACCUGUAGCUAGUCAUUCUUUAGGACAAUCAGUAUACACUAGCAGCCAGAAUCCAGUUGCCAAAAAGGCAGUUGUUAUCAAGCAGGAGAUACCUGUGGCCAAAGCUGAACCUCAGAAUGCCAUUUCUCAAUUUUAUGUUAAUCCACAGAGGCAGCCACAAACUGCAGUUGUUGCCACACCUCAAGCUUUAUUAACUACCCAAGGAACUGCACAGCUGCUCCUUCCACUGUCUAUCCAAGGACCGAAUUCUGCCACUGCCGUGCAGCUACCAGUUGGAAAUAUAAAGUUGCAGGCUCAAUCACAAGCUGGAAUACAGACCCCAUCACAAAUACCUGCUCCUAUUUCUUCCUCUGGCCUGGUCCAGACAGCACCUCAGAUGCAUACUCCACAAUCAAAACCAAAUACCAUCACGCAGCAUGCACUUGGUCAGACCCAACAAAUCAGAAAGGUUUUUCCACCUACCACAUCAAAUACAGUAUUUUCCUAUCAGGCUGCACCAGUUACAACACCUUCACAGUCUUUUAUUAAUAAAACAUCAAACUCUAACAUUCACACUGGUGGUAAUCAGGUUCCCUCUGCGCAGAAUGGACCUUCUCCUCCUAAUAAGCCUGGCUCUCCAUCUCAAGCCCAGCCUUAUAUUGUUCAACAGACUCUCUUCAACAACACAGUAUCCAAGACAAAAGAUCCUCCUCGUUAUGAAGAGGCCAUAAAACAGACCCGCAAUAUUCAGACAUCACACCGUGAGACUUCCAGUGCACACAGUCAGCAGAUGGAUGAUCUUUUUGAUAUUCUCAUCAAGAGCGGAGAGAUUUCCCUUCCAAUCAAGGAGGAACCAUCUCCCAUUUCUAAAAUGAGACCAGUAACAGCCAACAUCACUACAAUGCCAGUCAACACAGUGAUAUCACGCCCACCACCACAAAUCCAAAUGGCCCCUCCUCCUGUGUCCUUAGAACCAACAACCAGCUUAUCUAUAAGUUUGGAAAACCAACUUGAAGCCCUCUUGGAUGGAACUUUACCAUCAGCUAAUGAAAUUCCUCAACUUACAAGCAGUAAUGAGGACAGAGAGACAUUUUCUUUAAUUGAAGACCUCCAGAAUGAUCUGCUUAAUCACUCCAGCAUUUUAGAUCACUCUCAUUCACCCAUGGAAACAUCUGACCCACAGUUUACUGCUAAUAAUUCUUGUCUGUCUCUUGAUCUUCCUGAUACAAAUUUGGACAAUAUGGAAUGGCUAGACAUUACAAUGCCCAGCUCCUCAUCUGGACUCACUCCUCUCAGUUCUACUGCUCCCAGCGUGUUUUCCACUGACUUUCUAGAUCCACAAGAUCUACAGUUGCACUGGGAUUAAGCUAUAGCCAAUGAGAACAUGACCUGCGAGUCUCCUUACAGCAGAGGUCCAUCAUUAUAUCAUUCUGAUGGCAGUUAAGAUAAAUUAAGACAGUAAUAUUUGGAAGAACAAAUGCUUGAAGCUAAUUCCUUAUUGAUUUUCAAGUUUACAACAGUGAAUUACUUCAUGCUCCUGUCAGUAAUGCAGAUCAGGGCCCUAUGAAAGCUGUAUUUCACAAGUCAAGAAAUGAUUGUACUUACUGAUUGAAGUACCCCAAGGUAAAAUGCAUGAAAGAAAUUGUGUCUCUUGACUUCAUAAUGUUUAAAUGAGCAACACUUAAGAGACGAAAAAGUGAGAUUUCACCUGUGUAUAGACAGUGAGCAAGUGUUUGGGGGAGGGUGAGGUAUCACUGCACUUCAUUGUUCCUGUGGAUAGCCUGAGCCAGGGUCAAAAUUAAUUGUGAGGGCAAAGGCAAGUAGGAGCACUGGCUGGUUCAGUGACAUUUCAUAUAUCUAGUCUCUUAAUUUGUUCAACUUCUUUUUAUGUUUUGUUCUUGUGGGUUUUAAAACUCUUCCCUCGUUCUUU